AUGGCGUGCGUAUUUCGAUUCGCUUCAAACUGUCGGCAAAAGGUUAAAGGUCUACCGAUUCACACGUUGCGAGCAACAUGCAGACAGUUGAAAGUGCUGAAGCCUAGUAAAACCUCAACAGUUCGUAUUCCGCUGCAACAAAGCGAAUACGAGAAAGCAGAAUUGUUUCUGUUCAAAAUGGCACAGACCGAGAGCUACAUCGAUGAGUUGAAAGUGUUGACGAGGAAUAAGGAUCGUCGAAUGAACGAGUGGUUAAAGAUCGAGAAGUCUAGUCCGUUGUACAGAUUGACACCAUUAAUCAACGAGAAUGGGUUAAUUCGAAUGGAGGGCCGUGCCGAGAAUGCUGAAUUUCUAUCGUUUGAUCUGCGUUUUCCGGUGAUUUUGCCACAUGACCAUAGAAUCAUGAGGUUGAUUGUGCAGCAUUACCAUGAAAGAAGUGGUCACGGAUACCGUCAGGCGGUUAAGAACGAGCUUAAGCAGCAGUUUCAUAUUCCACAUAUCGACGCAAUUGUCCGAAAGGUAUCGUCAUCUUGCGUAUGGUGUAAGGUUCAUCGUUGUCGUCCUGAAGUCCCACGGAUGGCUCCACUACCGGUGCAAAGACUUACACCAAAUCUACGACCGUUUAGUUAUGCUGGCGUAGAUUAUUUAGGACCAUUUGACGUGACAGUUGGACGCCGCUCGGAAAAGCGUUGGAUUGCGCUGUUUACUUGCCUAGUAACUCGUGCAGUGCAUUUGGAGGUGGCCUGCGGUCUAACUACACAAUCGUGCUUAAUGGCAAUACAUCGAUUCAUUGGACGUCGAGGUUGGCCGAGAGAGUUUUUGUCCGACAACGGAACGAAUUUCCAAGGGGCAAGUAAAGAGCUUGCGAGAGCCGUUCAAGCAAUAGGAGCUGACUGCGCGGACGAACUCACAAAUGCAAGAACGAAAUGGACUUUCAAUCCGCCUUUAGCUCCUCACAUGGGAGGCGUUUGGGAGCGUCUGGUUCGUUCUGUAAAGGAAGCGCUCACUGCACUAGAUGACGGAAGAAAGUUAACGGAUGAAAUCCUGCAGACAGCGAUCGUCGAAGCGGAGGACAUGAUCAAUUCGCGUCCUCUUACAUACGUAUCGGAGCAGUCUAACGAGGCAGAGGCUCUUACCCCGAACCAUUUCUUGCGGGGAUCUUCACCAAAUCAGCCAUGUGUACAUCUUCCCCCACCUCACCCAGCCGUAGCACUUAGGGACGCCUUUCAGCGUUCCCAGCAGUUGGCUAGUCUGAUGUGGGAACGAUGGAUUAAAGAGUAUGUGCCGUCGUUAAGUCAAAGGACCAAGUGGUUCGAUGAGUCCAGAGUGCUGAAAGUCGGAGACCUGGUGUACAUCGUCGAAGGCAACAACAGAAAGUGUUGGGUCCGCGGGGUAAUCGAAGAGAUUAUACCGUCAUCAGACGGCCGAAUUCGACAAGCGUGGGUACGCACCAACAGUGGGCGGUACAAGCGAGCAACAGUGAAGCUGGCCGUGAUGGAGAUUGGUAACUCUACGCUGGAUGUAACAUCCGGAUAG